AUGGGUCCUGGCAAAAUAGAACCCUACGGGGCCCCCACGGACCAGCCUGUCAGGAGAACACAUGUCCUGCGAUCAUCCUCCCGCUCUGCACUGUUCACCCAGCCUCCCACCAGCAUCUCAACCACCCUCUCAACCCAGGGUUGGAGUGGCGACCCCUCGUGGCAUGGCCAGAGGCUGCUGUGUACGUCAGCCACUCCAGAGGAGGUGACGGUGGUGUACCAGAAUGGACUGCCGGUGAUCUCAGUCAGUUUGCCGUCCCGGCGAGAGCGAUGCCAGUUCACUCUGAAGCCACUCAGUGACUGUGUUGGGGUGUUUCUCACACAGCUGCAGACAGAGGACAGGGGCAUCGACCGAGUGGCCAUCUACUCUACAGAUGGGGCGAGGGUAGCCUCUUCUACAGGGAUAGACAUCCUGCUGUUGGAUGACUUCAACCUGGUCAUCAACAACGUCAGGCACCUGGUUCGGCCGCCACGGAGAGAUCUGCUGGCCCAGGAGGAGGCAGAGCGUCUGAACGACGUUAAGUUCCUGGUUCAGCAGCUCUACACCACCCUGCGUAUAGAAGAACAUCAGCUUAGUAAAGAGAAGGAACUGGUGGUGAGACUGGAGGACCUCAACUCACAGCUACGUCCUCUGGAGAAGGUAAGGGAGGAGCUGAGUCGUAAGGCGGAGCGUCGGACCACCUGGGUGCUGUGGGGGGGCGUGGCCUACAUGGCAACACAGUUUGGGAUCCUGGCGCGUCUCACCUGGUGGGAGUACUCCUGGGACAUCAUGGAGCCUGUCACCUACUUCAUUACCUACGCUACCGCCAUGGCUAUGUACUCCUACUACGUACUCACACGCCAGGAGUACAUCUACCCAGACGCCAGGGACAGACAGUACCUGCUGUUCUUCCACAAGGGGGUGAAGAGACAACGCUUUGACCUCCACAAGUACAACCUGCUGAAGGACUCUAUCGCUGAGGUGGAGUUAGAUCUGAAACGUCUGAGGGAUCCCCUCCAGCUCCAACUUCCUGUCCAGCAACUCACCGCCGCCAGCAAAGAUUGAUAUCCUCCCUUCCCUUAGUCCCUCCAUCCCUCCUUUCCUCACCUUCCCCUCUCUCUCGCCAUCCAUCCACCCUCCACCUUUACUUUCUCCUCUCUCUCCUUUAGUGAACCUCCGUGGGACUUUCUCCUGUUUGUUCUCUUGGAUGAUAAUUGCAAGUAAAACCAUAUUAAGAGGAGUUUUGGCAACAAGAAAGAACAGACACUGAAUCCUUCUAGAGAGGUAGAUGAUGAAACUGGAAAUGCAACUCUAGGGGGGCGUACAGGAAGUGAGACGCUACAGUGGGAGGAGCUACAGCUGAGGCGAGGCAUAGGGGAGCAGACAGAUGGACACAUCUAUGAGCGUGUGUGACCUACUAUAUCUAUGGACUAGUUUGGCCCACUGUAAACAGACACACACCACUCCUGUGGGGCCUUGGGACGUCUAUGGAGGGACUGAAUCCACUUUUACAAAGAUGGAUCUCCUCUAGCUCCUCCCCCUGACCUCUAACCUCUGCCCUCUGACACUCUGCAUGCACAGAGGACACGGCUGUGAUUGGACAGCGGUUCCUGUGUGAGCUCCAUGUGACCUUGAACUUUGACCUUGGCUGACCCCUCUUGUCUUGUCAGAUUGACUGUGUCCAACCCUGCCCCAUUUUGCCUCCAGGUCCCUCCUCCUCUGCCUGUCGGACAGCUACCCACUGAUCCCGUUGCUAUGACGACACUGAGCUUUAUCAAGAGCCCGUCAGCCUAUCACAGCCUUUACAGGAAGUGGAUAGAUGAGAGUUGAGGUCAGGUGACCAUGCCUCAUUUCCUCUUCCUGUUGUUGACUUCCUGUUGGGAAGAGAAAAAGGAAAGGACUGUGGACACAAACAUCACUGUGUGUUUUAUCUAAUAGUCCCAACAAUAUUCUGACACUUUUUAUUUUGAAAGCCAUACUAUGUCUGUUGUGGAAAAUAAUAUACAAUCAAACAAAAUGGAAGAAGAGUGGGGGGAGCUCUCUUUUUAACAUCCAGGAAUUAAGUUGAUAUACCAUAUCGGCAUCUCUUUAUUAAAUAUCUCCGACAUACAGGACCCCAUAUCAAUAGAACUGUCUCUCUCCAUCCCUCUCUGUCUCUCUCUCUCCUCCUCUCUUUCUCUCUCACUCUCUCUCUCUCUCUCUCUCUCUCUCUCACACUCUCUCUCUGUCCCUCUCUCUGUCUCUGUCUCUCUCUCUCUCUGUCUCUCUCUCUCUCUCACUCUCUCACUCUCUCACACUCUCACUCUCUGUCUGUCUGUCUCUCUCUCUCUCUCUCUCUCUCUCUCUCUCUCUCUCUCUCUCUCUCUCUCUCUCUCUCUCACACUGUUCUCUCACACACAUUCAUACCCGACUACAUAUUCCACAGUGCCUCACUCACAUCAGCCCAAGAGAACGUUCUAGAACCCUCACAAACAACAAUAACAAUGUACCCGUAGAACUCUCGUUAACAGCUGUAAACAUGUUCUAGAACCCUCACAGACAACAAUAACAAUGUACCCUGUAGAACUCUCGUUAACAGCUGUAAACGUGUUCUAGAACCCUCACAGACAACAAUAACAAUGUACCCUGUAGAACUCUCGUUAACAGCUGUAAACAUGUUCUAGAACCCUCACAGACAACAAUAACAAUGUACCCUGUAGAACUCUCGUUAACAGCUGUAAACAUGUUCUAGAACCCUCACAGACAACAAUAACAAUGUACCCUGUAGAACUCUCGUUAACAGCUGUAAACAUGUUCUAGAACCCUCACAGACAACAAUAACAAUGUACCCUGUAGAACUCUCGUUAACAGCUGUAAACAUGUUCUAGAACCCUCACAGACAACAAUAACAAUGUACCCUGUAGAACUCUCGUUAACAGCUGUAAACAUGUGUGCACGAAUACUUGAAAGAAAUCUGGGCAUUAGUGAAAUAUUUGAUGGCAACAAAAAAAACUAAACAUGAAUUUGGGAUGUGACUGAAUUGUACCAUUUCUAAAAUAUAUUCACCUUUCUACUACAGUAACUCAUUGUGUGGAUAAUAUAAAGAAAGUGAGUUAAUAUUGGAAUAUAUGCUAUAUGAUAUAGUGUGUGGCAGUCAGACACACAGGCAUGCUGUCAGACACAUGUUAUGUUCAUCUGUGUGUGUGUGUGUGUGAGGUGUAUGUGUGUGUGUGUGUGUGUGUGUGAGGUGUAUUCAGGACACAACAGAAGACAGGGAAUGGAUGGAGGAACAGGGUUGGGUAUAUAAUGCAGAUAUCCAUCAUACAUGCAGCACACACACACACACACACACACACACACACACACACACACACACACACACACACACACACACACACACACACACACACA